UUAAUAUUCCUAAUUGGAUAUGAUCACAUUAUGAAAUACUGAAUUAGAAUUAUGUAGGAGGAAAAUACUGUCUUGUGCAGCGCCGGAGUGUGGCGACAUUUUACGUGAAUCUGAAUCUAUGUUCAAUGGCCUCCUCUGCGUAUGCAAGUGAUAUUAUUAUAUCUAACAAAAACAGCAAAUUUAAAACAUUGGAGAGGCAAGAGGAAGUGUUAGAAAAAGAGAACUUAAAGAAAUCGAACUAAUUCGGUAGUUAAUCUCAUAGUAUUAUAAUUAUUUCGUGUGUUUUUGCACCCGGACAAUUGUGUCUGAUGGAUCUCCCGAAACGCAGUGUGGCAAAAUACUGCGUUAAAAUGCCAUUUUCAUACUUGGUGUGAAGAUUGUUAAAACGCGUGAGAUUUCCAACAGUUGUCUACAUAGAGCGGCAGGCAUUACUUGAAUCCGUCUGCGGUACAAGAUUGAGAUCACUGUUAAUAAAAACCCUGCAAUAUUUAACUAAUGCAUCUUUAGCGUGUUCCAUCCUAACUGGGGCUUUCCUUCCUAUUUCCUAGCGGAGAAGCUAAAUAUUGCACGAGUUUAAUCAGGAGUAAUUUCACAUAAAACAUUCAUACUACGAACAUUGAUGCCACACAAUAUAACCUUUUACUUCGAGGCCAAUUAUAGUACUUAAGAAUAUAAUCAGAUCCAAUAUGGAACGAGAAUUUAUCUUCACAGUUAGGAUUUUUUUUUUACACAUACUACUACAGGACUGAAACAUGCAUGAGAUGUCCUUGUGGCCUUCUUUGCAAUCUGUUUUCCUUUAUACAAAUAACGGAAGGUGCAAAAGUUUCGCACAUUUUUCAGAUACUUCCAAAAUACCACAUUACGCCCACUCGCAAAACGCUAUCCACACAAUCGCGCUAGAUGCCUUUUAUAUUCUGAAUGCACGCUGGCUCAAAUCCCGUGCAACUCUGCAAUUGGCCGCGCAUCGCUAGACACCCUCCAAUUUUGAACGUUGCAAAGGCAGAUGCCUGAUCUGUGUGGCUAAUACUGCUGUCAAUCGUGCAUUAUUAUUUCCCCCCACCUGGUUCCUCCUUCAAGCUGCGUUGCAGUGUGCAAUGCGUGUGUGCGGGUUAUCGAUAUAGUGUCGCCUUCUACCAGUUGACACACACACACACACAUGCACGUUCGCUCAGCAAGGUCCGGAAGCGACCGAGUAUUGGAGAAAUGUAAACCCAGUCUGCUACUACCGCCCAGAAACUAAUUCUGAUCACAACCGCUUUUCAAUGAGCGGAGGAAGAAGACGGUGCAAUAAGUUUUUGCUAUAAACAUUGCCAUUUUAAAUACUGACAAGGAAUUGGUGCAUUAAACGCAGUAGUAAAUUGAACUUUAACAAAAAAAAGGAAAACGCGAGUUAGGGAGAAAGAUGGCAGCGAAUCCGCCAUUCGCCAGCAGAACGAAAACCAAGAAGAAACAUUUUGUGGCUCAGAAAGUGAAGCUGUUCCGAGCCAGCGAUCCAUUGCUCAGCGUCCUGAUGUGGGGUGUUAAUCACUCGAUCAAUGAACUGAGUCAUGUUCAAAUUCCGAUUAUGUUGAUGCCAGAUGACUUCAAAGCCUACAGCAAGAUAAAAGUGGACAACCAUCUUUUCAAUAAGGAGAAUAUGCCCAGUCACUUUAAGUUUAAAGAAUACUGCCCGAUGGUCUUCCGAAAUUUGAGAGAGAGGUUUACAAUUGACGAUCAGGAUUUCCAGAAUUCAGUGACACGAAGUGCUCCCUUUUCAAAUGACUCCCAAGGUCGAAGUGGAGCUCGGUUUCACACCACAUAUGACAGAAGAUAUGUAGUCAAAACGAUAUCCAGUGAAGAUGUGGCCGAGAUGCACAACAUAUUGAAAAAAUACCAUCAGUAUAUUGUGGAAUGCCAUGGAAAUACCCUAAUUCCACAGUUCCUGGGAAUGUAUCGACUGACAGUGGAUGGGGUUGAGACCUACAUGAUUGUUACAAGGAAUGUUUUUGGUCAUCGACUCCAUGUUUAUCGGAAAUAUGAUUUGAAGGGUUCCACUGUGGCCAGAGAAGCGAGUGACAAAGAAAAGGCCAAGGAAUUACCGACAUACAAGGACAAUGACUUCAUUAACGAUGGGCAAAAGAUUCACAUUAACGAAGAGAACAAAAAACUGUUCCUUGAGAAACUUAAGAAGGAUGUUGAGUUUCUUGCUCAGCUGAAGAUUAUGGAUUACAGUCUUCUGGUUGGUAUUCAUGACGUUGAACGAGCUGAACAGGAUGAAAUGGAGUUUGAGGAUGAAGAGGAUGAAGGAGAAAGUGAUGGAGCAGGAGGCCAAGUGACGGGGUCUUGUGGAACACCUCCAGACAGCCCCGGAAACAUACUCAACAGCUCAAGGCCGUUAGCACUUGGUGAAUUUGACCCAACUAUUGAUGUGUAUGCCAUAAAAAGCCAUGAAAACUCCCAGAGGAAGGAGGUAUACUUCUUGGGAAUUAUUGACAUUCUGACACAUUAUGAUGCAAAGAAGAAAGCGGCACAUGCUGCCAAAACCGUCAAACAUGGAGCUGGUGCAGAAAUAUCCACUGUGAAUCCAGAGCAGUACUCGAAGCGCUUUGUGGAAUUUAUCACCAGUAUUUUGACAUAACCUAACAUGUGCACGAACAGGAGGGGUGAUAAUGACAUUUGAAUGAAAGGAGCUAAAUGAAGUGGCAUCUACAGCAUUUGUCUUGACGAAAGCAUUCCCUUGUUUACAUUUUCUAAUUAUGAUGACUGUUGGAAAAUAGCUUUACCUGCUUCCUGAAUAUCCCAGCACGGUUCUCCCGAUUAAUGACUUGAUAUUGUGGGGGAAACAUAUAAAAAUCUUUGGAGUGCGCUGCAUACACACUCUGAGACCAGCUGUGAUGGAACGUUGUGGGGAGAGGUACUUUAACGAAGGGCAAGAAACUGCAUGUUAUUUGACACACAGUAAUCACUGGUAUCAAAUUAUAAACUGUGGAUCGGUUUAUUACUUGAACUGAAAGAAGGAGAGCAGUAUUUGUUUAACUUGCUAAUGUUACACUUCUGUUGUGCACACUGGCACUCCUCUAGGUGGCUUCAUGGUUUAUCGUUUCUUCAAAGGAAUCAUGUCACAACAAAACUUACAAUGUACUGUAAAAUAAUGUAGAAAUUAAUUUGGCUUCAAUCCCCACAUUUUUUUGGGCAGCUUGUACUAUAUACGUGUUUAAAAAUUAUAAUUCUUACGGGCAAAAUUCAAUUAAAAAAACCACUGUGACCCUCUGAAAUAUUAACUGGGUUGUCACACAGUACAGAAAAGAUGUGCUUUAAUUGUUGAGAUCUGCCUUGUUUUUAUUUAGCAUGGUUUGGGGCAACAAUUUACUGCAUUUCUAAUUUCUCAUUUUGAAACAAUGUGUAAAAUGAAGAAUAUAAAGUCACACGUGUCACUUUGUACACAACUGAUACAUUGCAGUUGUAAUUGUAAAAGUGAGAUUAAUAUUUUAAACUAACAUUAGCAAAACUUCAGGCUAUUCAUAUUGAUUGAUGUAAGUUAAUAUCACAAUGCACCAAGUCUAGGAUUUUAAAGCGCUCUUAUUCUGGGAGUUGCAACUAACUUGUGUUGCCUAGUGAGCAGUUUCCUCUUUAAAUAAGGUUUAUAAUAAAAAUGUAUUUGGAUAAAGCCUAUUGUUACAAUGAUCUUAUUCUAUCUUAUUAUUAAUGCCUAAAGAUAUUAUUCAAUAUCUAUUCUUACAAGUGCUCCACACCCAAAAAUAAAUAUGAAAUGCUCCAGAUAUUUAUUAUUUUCUUUCAUAUAGGCCUGUCAAAACACAAUAGUAAUAUUUUGCAUGUCAUGGUUGCCUUUCUAGGCUUUUGCAACAACAGGUGAGGAAAGGAGGGGAUGCAUUAAAUGGACAUGUAAUAAACUGUUGCCCAAAACCUUUCAGUCUGCAUCUGUGAAUUAAUCUUCUCUACUACUUCCACCAUCUCAUUAAACACGAAGACUGUGCUUUUUCAGUAAAAUGUGCUUGCUAUCUUAAAAAAAAAUACACUGUGCAACAAGUGUGCCUUUAAUUGAGGUACCUGCAAAUCAUUAAAAACGCUGUAAUGUUGGUAUAGAUUUCACUAGCAGCUGUGCCAUCCCCAGAAAUUGGGAAUUUUCGCAAGCAAAGGAGUGCCAGAAUGCCUUUCCUAUUAAAAAUGGGUCAGUGAUGUUUUGACUUGCAAUUUUUUUUUUAAAAACAUGCUUCACAGUAGGUUGCAAUUACCUAGAUUGUACUAGGAUUCUAGCGAGUAUCAGCAUCUUCAGUGGCCAAAGGUAAUAUCAUCCAUGUGGGUAUGUAAUAAUUUAACAUGGUUUUGUUAUUCUUGGUAUAGUGAUGUUGACACUGUAAUGUAAAUGUACAGUUAUAUAUUUUAUGUAUUUAAAAGAAAAUUCCAUAAUCAUUGUGCCGGUCACUUUCAUUUCAAAUUUUCUGUAGGAUGCGAUAUUUUCCAUUGGUAAUAAGACUACGAGAAACAAGUCCCAAUUGGGUGGGGGGGUUUGGGUGGGGUGGGGUGGGGGAGGGGGGAACACGUACAAAUAUGUUUAGACAAAUAUUUCCUUCCGUGGCUCAACUGUGUAUUUUAAAUUCUUUUGGCAGCUUACAAUAUAAUGCACAAUAUUUUGUCUGUUAGUCAUUCAUGUAGAUGAAAUGUACUUUUGUUUAAGUGAGGCAACUUUAUAAAAUAUGUACUAGUACUGCAUUUGACACACUCCAUACGUAAGCUUUGCUUUAUCAAAUAAAGUGCCCUGUUGUCUCA